AUGCGUUUCGCUGAUACUUCGUUGGCGGCGGCGUGCCUUGUGCAGCUGUUCGCGCCUGGAUGGGGUUGGCAUUUUGCCAACGAAACUUCUUCUCUGCAAAACUCGACUGCUUCUUCAACGGCUACUUCCUCUUCGCAGAAUUCGACUGUGUCUUCGACAGCUACCUCUUCUUCGACAGCUACCUCUUCUUCGCAGAACUCGACUAGCCACACAACGACCACUUCCUCCUCGCAGAAUUCAACUGUCUCUUCGACAGCUACUUCGACCACUGCUAGCCCUACCACCUCGUCCUACUCUGUCGAUGGUGUCACGUUCAAAGUGCAGAGGGACACGAUAUACAGCGGCACCUUGCUCAACCUCGUGAGACGCGAUUUCCUCAAGAAAAAGCGAUUCGCCGCUGAUGGUCUCGAUGGAUGUAUGGACAAGUGUGCAAACAACACGGCCUGCUCUGCCACCUCCCACAACAAAACCUCGAGCACAUGCACGUAUUACAGCUCGGUCAACCAAAGUAGCGAGAAACAACAAAACGGAACCGACUUCGCUAUCGUCAAUAGUCGCAAUUUGACCAGCAGCAGCAGCAGCAGCAGCAGCACCAUGCCGACUGCCAUGUCCACUAGCACGGCUUCAUCCUCGACAAUAUCCAUGUCGCACUCAAACAGCUCUUCAUCAUCGAGUCACUCCAUGACUACGUCCGCCAGCAGUACUUCGAGUCGCUCCACGUCCGUGACCGCAAACAGUACGUCGAGCCACUCUACUACUAUGAGCAUGAACAGUACAUCGACUCAUUCCAGCGCUUCGAGUCAUUCACCAACCAUGGCUUCAAACACGACAUCAUCUGCUUCAGUUACUCCGACCAACCAUGUCGGAGCAAGAGCCUGUCUACAGAUUUCAGUAUCCGGAAACACCUUUACCGACUCCAACAAUGUCACAUACGCUGUCAUCUGCACUCAGAAGAAGAAGAAGUGGGUGCUCUUGCUCUUGGCAGAGCGUGCUUUGUCUCCCCGCCAGAACGGCGACGUGGGUACCGUCCAAUCAGGCAGCUUCGAAGGUUGUGCUCCUUAUUGCGAUAGCAAGACGCAGUGCAACUCUUACAGCUACAACUCGACCAGUGGAAUGUGUUAUCUCAUGAGCACUAACAACGUAGCUCAACCCGUUGCCGGUUUGGACUAUGCAUACAAGGUUCAAAGUCAAACAUCCUCCAGCUCAACCCCGACAGCUUCGACCACUUCCAGCAGUUCGAGUACCUUGAGCACUCCGUGCACCUCUAGCACUUCUUCGUCAUCAACCUCUGAUUUUGUUCCUGAUGGCUAUUCCAUAUCCAAAACCACAAUUUGUGGUGAUCCAACCGGACCUCCGAUAAUCACGGCGUCGGCGACCUCGAGCCCAUCCACUACACCGUCCUCGAGCGCCAGCUCGAGCACCCCGGCGUCUAGCACUACAACAUCGUCUUUGUCUUCAGGCACUUCUCCGUCAUCCUCGAUUUCCAGUAGUCCUCCACCGCCAUCUUCGACAACUACUAGCUCAUCAUCUCCUUCACCGUCUACAAGUGUGGCCACUGUGACUGCUCCUGGGAGUACUGUUGUCAGUGUCUCCACUGCUCCCGGAAGUACGGUCGUCAGUGUUUCCACUACAACCGCUUCUCCUCCACCAUCUUCGACAGCAAGCUCGUCUUCCAGUACUUCGGCCUCGGCUCAAGUGAGAAUCGCAACCCAAGUUCGCGUGGUGGCACCUGGAACCAGGACCGUCAACAGCGCGGCUCCCAGUGUCGCAACGGUGGUUUCUCAGCAGACCAACGGUGCAGUAGUCACAUCCUACUCCGUCGUUCCUGGCGGCAGCACGGUCACCGUUCUCAAUACCGUUACCAGUGUGAGCUCUGUCUAUACCUCGACCAGAACAGUAAACUCCGUAAGGCGCUCGACCGUAACCAGAGCCCAAAGCUCACAGCCCUCUGUUAUAACCGUUGGCGCCGUCACUGUGACCUCUGAUGUCGUUGUCCCCAGCGGCUAUACUACUGUCACUACAUCUGGAGGCACAAGCACGAUUACGCAGACGACUGAGAGAACUGUGGCUACAGGUGUGGCCACUGUGGUCAGCAUGUCUACGGUCACUGUCGCUACGGUGACGACUACCGGCUCGUCGACCGUGACGUCUGGCAUCAGUACGAUGACUAUAGAUGCUGCUCCUGUGAGCUUCAUGACUGUCUGGCGUAGAGAUGAGAAGCCCAUGAAGGAAGAAAAGGUCGGGAAAUAA